AUGAAGCACGAAUCAAAACAUGUUGGCAGCGAUGGCGCCUCUUCAACGGCAACUGACGAGAAACACCCCGAUCUACAUUCUACUAUCUCCAUCGGAGAGGACCAGCUCGACAUUCCAGAGACAGAAAAUGGGGAUCUUCGUCGCAAUUUAAGCCCUCGUCUAAUCCAUGUAAUCUCCCUCGGGUCCAGCGUCGGAAGCGGCCUGUUCAUUGCGACGGGCAAAGCCCUCGCGGAUGGAGGCCCAGGCAACAUGUUUCUAGCCUACCUUGUGGUCUGCCUCGGCGUCUGGGCAAACUUGCAGACAUUGACGGAGAUGACGAUCGCGUUCCCGACGUCAGGAAAUUAUAUUGACUACGCGUAUCGGUGGGUGGAUCCGGCGCUGGCGUUUGGAGCAGGAUUCGCGGAGUGGCUUGGAUGGACGUCCGUGUUUGCGUCUGAGGCCACGUUCUUGGUUAUACUGGUGAAUUAUUGGGCGGGAGGGGUCGUGCCGGAGGCGGUUUUGCUCACCAUCUUCUUGGUGAUCUGUCUUGCGGUGUUCCUGAUGCCUACAGAAUACUUCGGGUGGAUUCAAUACUUUGGCGCUCUGAUUAAGGCAUUCUUGUUUGUCUUCAUCACUAUCGUCUCACUUGCUAUUAUCGGUGGCGCAGGUUCGUCUGGAUACGUACGGAAUGGCAGCACAUGGACCGACUUGCCCGCGUUCAAGAAUAGUUUUGGGGGCUUUUCAAGCGCCGCUUUACUCGCCAUGUGGGCCGUGGGAGACCAGGUCUUCAUCGGCGUCAUGGCUGGUGAGGCUGAAUCUCCACGUUACUCCAUGGCACACUCGGCCAGCCUAAUUCCAUGGCGCGUCGCCUUAUUCUACCUCGUGUCCGUCGUGCUCGUCUCAUUGAUUGUGCCAUCCACCGACCCUCGCCUGCUGGGUGGUUCCAGCGUCGCCUCCUCGCCUUUUGUCCUUGCCGUGCAAGACGCAGGCAUCAAGGUGAUACCGGAUCUGAUCAACGCGUGCAUGAUUCUUGGGAUUCUCGCCAUUGCUCUGGAGUGUAUAUUCCUACCGUCGCGCAUUCUCCGCACCAUGUCUCUCCAGGGACUGUUGCCCCCAUUGUUUGCGAGGGUCGACGACAAGGGCCGCCCGCGAUGGGCCCUCGUGAUCACGGCAAUUGUAGCUGUGAUUAUGACUUAUAUGAGCUUGAGCGCUGGCGGCACGGAGGUCCUCAACUGGCUGAUCGCCAUCACCAGUGCCUCGUUCUUCACCAACUGGGCGAUUAUCGCCUUCACCUCCUUUCGAUUCCGAGCGGCGGUCAGAGCGCAGAAGAGCCGGCUGUUCCAGGUACCUUAUGCGUGGCAGUCCUCACUGUGGCCUUUGGCGCCGUUGACCAGCCUUGUCAUUUCUAGCUUGCUGUUUGCUUGCGUCAUCUAUACGAGUAUCAAGCCAGUGGUAACUGGAUUCUCUGCGUACAGUUUCUUUUCAUCUACGAUAGGAAUGCUCAUGAUUGUGUUCUUUACCGUCGCGUACAAGGUGGUUUAUCGCACCCCUUGGAGGGACCCCGCGACUGCGGAUCUGGUCACCGGCCAUCGGGAGCUGAGCACCGAGGAGCUGCAGAUGCUGGAUGCGUAUUACGGACGACCGCUGUGGCGGAGAAUGGGGACUUAUCUUCGAGUAUGGUAA